AUCACAUUUUCUCCUUUCUCCAUCUUCUUUCUUCUGAAAAAAACUAACAAAACAAGUGAAUAUAUUUAAUUUUUUUCAGUAUGAUGGAAGGAGAGAAGAGAAAACAGAGGCAACACCAGCAAGAUAAGCCAUACAGAGGAAUACGGAUGAGGAAGUGGGGUAAAUGGGUAGCUGAAAUUCGAGAACCAAACAAACGCUCUCGAAUUUGGCUUGGUUCUUAUUCUUCCCCUGUUGCUGCUGCUCGUGCUUACGAUACCGCUGUAUUUUACUUGCGAGGUCCUUCAGCUAGGCUUAAUUUCCCUGAAUGUAUAGUGGAUGACCAUGAAAUUCACGAUCUAUCAGCUGCUUCUAUUAGAAAGAAAGCUACUGAGGUAGGUGCUCGAGUUGAUGCUCUGCAAACUGCGAUUCACAAUUCUACUGUUAAUUCUGUUGAAUCAAACUGUAAUUCGAAUUCUAAAUCUACAAGGAUGAUGAUGAAGCCUGAUUUGAAUGAAUAUCCUAGCCCGGAAAGUUGCGACGAAGAUAACUGAAUCUCUGCGAGUUAACAGAGGCCAAAAGGGGGAUUAUUUUUAUGUUGAUUAGAUAUACUGAGGAUCCAUGUAUGAAAUAUAAUCCGAAGGGAUUAUAUGUUAAUAUUAUCAAUUAUGAUAGUUAUUAAAGGAAAUUUAAUCUCAAAUUACGAA